UUAUAUCUCUGUUUUCCUAUGUUAUAUUUCAUCCCUUGCCGUUUUUCGCUUUCUCACUUUUUUAUUCAUUCUUUUUUCUCAGCACUGCUCCACGUUUUCAUACUUGUAAAUCGAUGGCAAAGGAAGACUUACCACUCAUCCCUUUAUCGCCCCUCAUCCAGUCCUCCAUGGUGUGUGCCGCUCACCUGGCACAAGCAUCCAAAGCCAUGCUGGAGUCGGAAACCUCACGCGAUCUGUCCGUUCGCUUGUUGGAACAAUGCCAGAAGAAGCGGCAAGAACUGGACCAGAUGACACGGCAGAUGCAAUCAAUUCAGACGGCUCUUGCUCUUCAUUUCGAUGCGCCGACACUGGCCAAACAAAUUGCAAUCAUUGAUAGCCAGUUAUUUGCCUGCGUCAAGCCAGUACUUGGGACUACCAUUAUUACUACGCCGAUUCAACGCAUGAUUGACUUUCACCAAUAUUUAAUACACAGUUUCGCUCAUCAACUCAUUUACUUUCACACUCAGAAAUGCGUUCUGGCCGCUCAUUUUGUCCAAGUCGCUUACAUUCUAUUGCACUGUUAUCGAGACUUCUCUGCUUCAGCCGCUAUUAUGCAUGCAUUUAUGCUCGAGUCGGUGCAGCGACUGGACGUUUUUGAGCAUUGCUCUGACCGUAUUCGUCUUUUGUAUGACGAAUUGACAGCAGUUUUGAUCAAGCAGGAUGGACGGUACCUUCACACGCUGCGUAAUAUGUUACAGCACCUUUUAUCGUACCACGAGCAAGAGCUGGAUAAACCUCAAAUAAUUGCAAUUCCCUAUAUCCAAGCGCACCUCCGUCUAGUCGAUCUGGAGCAAGACACUACCGCGUUGAGUUUGAUCGAAGCUUGUCGGCAUUCCGUCACCAACGCAAAAGAGUUGGAGCCAAUUACCGUUGAAGGCAUAGAAUAUCCUAUUGCGCCCGCUAGUCAUCUGCAGGAACUACAGCCAGGUGAUCUGUUGGCCCACCAUUGGCUGAUAUCUCGAGUAUAUCUCACAGCGGAACAACUGAUGAUGGAAAGCCUCGAAAUUUUGCCAGCUUCGUCGUCCAAAGCUCCAAGCGAGGUAGCCAUUCCUGAUGAUAACAACCCAAUCACCACCAGUCAAGCACUGGACCAUGUUAUUCCCCAAGAUGUUCCAACUGGGAACACCACAGCAACAACGGGUAUAGAGGAAAAUGGGCAAGAUCAAGCAGAGGUGCUUGAGCAGUUGGAGGUGUCACAACAGCCUAAACCAUCGGAAGUCUCGGUAGAGCCUGUGAUAUCAGAAGAGCUGGUGGUAUCGAAGCAGCCAGAAAUACUAGAAGGAUCAGAGGUGUCGGAACAACCGGAGACAUUAGACCAGUCGGACAUACCAGGACAGGAUUCAGGGGCGAAGAAGGUUCCAUCAAGCCUCGAAAACAAUCCAGAAUCCGUUUGUUCAAAUAUCGACAAAGCGGUUGUCGAGAUAUCCAGUAUUGCCUCGAUCGAAAACGUGGCUCAACAGGAAGAACACCCGACAGCUUCAGCACAAUCAAAUCAUGACGAGGAACCAGAAGAGAAAAUUAUAGAGUCGCAAGAACGAGAGAUGACGAUGUCAUUUGUGGCAGAGGACAAUGAAAGUGCAGAAAAAGAUAACGAGGAAUCCGAAAUAUGGCAUGGUUAUCCGACGCCUCAAUAUACCCAGAAUGAAGAUGCCGACGACCGUUCAAAUGACGAAGACGAAGUUUGGAAAGGUUACCCAACGCCUGUAGAUGUCCCUUCGAGCCCUGUUGUCCAGCGAUCACCAUCGCACGCUUCGGAGGAGUGGAAGGGUUACCACGCAACAUCGGAAGAGGCUCAAUGGCAAGCUGAAAUCAACCUCAAAGUACAGCAGCAAGAAUGGCUCGGUUACGCAUUAGGUGCUUUAGAUGAAGAUGAAUCUCUCCAACAGCUAUCUGUUACAUAGUAGAAAAUAGUGUAGGGUGCCUAAAAUUCCGCCAAAGGGAAUUCAAAAGUGGCUAAAUUCUGUACAGUUUAAUUGAAAAAUCUGGGUAAAAAUUUUACAAAUCAAAAUUUUUUUAGAGACAAGGUAAUGUUGUUUUAAAAAAAAAAACUGUUUUCACCGCAUUGCGGAGCCGCCACCGCACAGCGCCAAGGCAUGGGCUUUGUUCGAGUUUUU